GCGUUUUUCACAAAAUAUUUUAAUUAUAAUUUCAGUGAAAAGUUGUUUGAAGUAAAACAUUUAAAAUAUGGGCGAACAAAUGGAAGUUGAUGCAACAAAAGAAAACGGAUGUAAUGAAGUUGAACUUACCGAGACUGAAAAUGAAUUGUACGAUCGACAAAUUCGUUUGUGGGGAUUAGAAUCUCAGAAGCGUUUACGCACAGCCAAAGUAUUAAUAUCUGGUUUAUGCGGCGUAGGGGCAGAAGUCACCAAAAACAUUAUACUGUCCGGAGUACACUCUGUGAAAUUAAAUGAUGAUAAAAUUGUUACCGAAGAUGAUUUCUGUUCACAAUUCUUGGUGCCGCGUUCAGCUCUGGGCUCAAAUCGUGCUGAGGCUUCUAUUGAAAGAUCAAAAGCCCUGAAUCCUAUGGUGGAAAUAUCUGCCGAUACCGAGCCAUUAAGUAAAAAAGAUGUGUCAUUUUUCGAAGCAUUUGACGUGAUUGUAGUUAUAGGAGGGGUUAAUGAUGAGCUGGUGCGAAUUGACAAGAUUUGUCGAGAAAAGGGUAUCAAAUUUUUUGCUGGCGAUGUAUGGGGAACGUUUGGAUUUUGUUUUGCUGAUUUGCAAAAACAUCAAUUUGUAGAAGAUACAGUCAAACACAAAGUGAUUUCAAAACCACAUGAAAAAACCAAAACUGAACUGGUUACAACAACUGUACAACGUGAGCUGAAUUUCCCCGCUUAUGAGGAAACACUUAAGUUUGACAUAAAUUGUGCAACAUUCCAAAAGAAAUUGAAGCGUACAGGACCAGGCCUGAUUUUGUUGCGCAUUUUACAGAAAUUCCGCGAAACUCAUAAGCGUGAUCCCGGUUAUAAAUCCAGAGAGGAGGAUAAAAAGGAAUUGGAAAACAUUCGCAAUGAAAUCACUAAGGAUUCUGUUGUCCCUAAUGAAUAUUUUGAUCAUGUUUUCAGUCAAAUCUCACCAGCUGCAGCUGUUGUUGGUGGCGUACUGUCCCAAGAGAUUAUUAAGGUUGUAACUAAAAAAGAAGCUCCAAAUUGCAACGUAUUUCUUUUUGACCCUGAAACAUGCUGCGGUUUUAUAGAGACAAUUGGAACAAACUAAUCUAAUGAAUUUGUAUCGUAUUUUACCUUAUUACUUAACAAUUUACUACAAAAGCUAGAAAGAGAAACUAGUACUUUCUUUGAAAUAAAAAAUGUAUAUUUUUCAAAAAAAAAACACAUAAACCACAUUUGAAAUGUUUACAAUUAAA